AACUUCAAGCUUUUUCAUCAUCAAUGGCGAAAACAAAAUCCAAAAGAAAAGCUUACUCCAUUUCUCUCAGAUAGAAGUGAAAAAUAUAUAUUCAAAUUUUGUUCAUUCAUACAGAGGAAUCUAUGCAUAUGUGUAGUAGUAUUUAUAGUAUAGUGAGAGAAAGUGAAUAGGAAGAGAGAGGGAGCUCGCAGUUUAGUUGUUGAAGUUUUUUUUUUUUUGAUUUGGUGUUGGAAGGAUUUUUUAAUGUCAGAAGUCAACGAGUCGUCGUCGUCAUGGAGAGAAGGUACAGGUAGUGUAGUCGGUGAUACUGAAAUUCGGUAUAAUUCGAGGUAUUCGGCAGUGGGAGGUGGUUACGGAGGUGGGCCGGCGGGGGUGGAGGUGAAAGGUAAGGAUGGUGAGAACUGGAAAUUUCAUGCGGUGGAGUUUGCUAAAGGAUUUGCGGAGAUGAGUGUGGAGUUUGGGAAGGGAGUGAGGGAUGUGUUGAAGCAGAGUGUGAUUAGAGAGGAUUCGAUACUUGUGAGGAAAGUUGGACCGCUAUGUUGUAAAGUUUGCCGGAGAUUGAGUUUUUUGAAUGAAUAUUUGCCGGAAGAUCGCGAUCCGGCACAUGCUUGGAGUGUGAUAUUUUUUGUUCUUUUUCUUGCUUCUGCAGUGCUUAUUGCAAGUAAUGAUAAUAUAUAUCCAACUACAUCGGUCAAGAAAGUGUGUAUACAUCCUCCAAGUGCUAGUCGAAUUUCGCUCCCAGACGGUAGACAUUUGGCUUAUCAGCAGCAGGGUGUUCCUGCUGAGCUGGCUAGAUUUUCUAUGAUUGCUCCGCAUUCUUUCGUCUCGUCCCGGCUUGCAGGAAUACCUGGCAUUAAGACUUCUCUACUGCAAGAAUAUGGUAUUCGCUUGGUAACGUAUGAUCUUCCAGGAUUUGGAGAAAGUGAUCCUCAUCCUUCCAGGAACCUUGAGUCAUCAGCCAUGGAUAUGCUACACUUAUCCUAUGCUGUCAAUGUUACUGACAAAUUCUGGGUGGUGGGAUUCUCAGAUGGAUGCAUGCAUGCUUGGGCCGCCCUUAGAUACAUCCCUGACAGGAUUGCAGGUGCCGUCAUGGUCGCUCCAAUGAUUAGUCCAUAUGAACCAAGAAUGACCAAGGAGGAGAAGAGUAAAAUGUGGAAGAAAUGGACAACAAAGAAGAAAAACAUGUAUAUAUUAGCUAGGAAGUUUCCAAGACUACUUCCUUACUUUUACCGAAGAAGCUUCCUUAGUGGAGUCCAUGGCCAGAUCGAAACAACGCUUGCCUUGUCUCUUGCAAUAAGAGAUAAAGCUUUGCUGGAGCAUCCAUUGUUUGAAAAGUUCUGGCAGAGAGAUGUAGAAGAAUCUGUUCGACAAAAGAAUGCAAAACCAUUUGUAGAGGAAGCUGUCUUACAGGUUUCAAAUUGGGGUUUUAGCCCUGCAGACCUCAAAGUGCAGAGGAAACGCCCUGGAAAGGGUAUUAUGCAUUGGAUUAAAUCUCUAUUUGGUCAAACAGAAGAAAUCUUGACUGGAUUCCUUGGUCAAAUACAUGUAUGGCAGGGGAUGGAAGAUAUGGUGGUACCGCCAUCCACAAGUGAUUUCUUGCAGCGAGUCCUACCAGAUGCAAUGGUACAUAGGCUCUUAUACGAGGGUCAUUUUACUUAUUUUUACUUUUGCGAUGAAUGCCAUAGACACAUAUUCAGCACUGUUUUUGGAAAUCCUCAAGGACCUUUUACCCCAGAACCAGAACCAGAACCAGAUCAAUCUCCCAUCCAAAAUGAUGACGGAGAGACCCAAGAUACUAUUCUGGGUGAUGUUGCCACUGAUGAAGAAAAUGUAUCUAGUGUAGUUAAUCCUGAUAAAGAGGACUACAUCGACUAGCUUGGUCGCGAAGAUCGUCCAACUGUCCAUUAUCUAUAUGGACAUUGUAGUUCCUUCCUAGCUUUGUGAAUAAUACGAAGCAUAGAUUACCUAGGAGGAAAUAGUUACAGGAAAGAUCAGUUUUUAAUACAAUUUUAUGUAGUGUCUGAUCUACUGUUACAAGAUCACAGCUAUUAAGCUGAGUCUCUCAUUAUAUUUUGAUUAGGCUGGGUUCUGUUUACAUUUACAUAUUUUUCAUUUUUAUUUCUCCUUUUUAACAUUUUUAUAUUAAAAAUGUCCAAGAAAGUUUGGAAUAAAAGACAUUAUUUCCACUGUUCCUAA